GACUCCUCGAUUCAGUUUCUCAACUACGUACCCGCCUGCCUAACCCAUCCGCUUUAUCAUAUCCAUCUCAUCGGUACCUACAGUUGCGUUUAUAGUCAAUAUGAACCGGUACCGACAUAGCUGGCAUCUUGAGGAGCACCGUCGCCGAGUACGGGCUGCGGAAGUCGGCCGUCAGCAAGCGGCAGCAGCCCGUCCUCUUCGGAUCGCAAGGCCCCCUCAGCCCAUUUCAGAUGUACCUGUCGCUGGCCUGGGACUUCUAGACACUCUACCCAACGAAGUUAUCAUGAUCGUCUUCAACAAUUGCACCCUACUCUCCCUUCUGCGACUUGAACGCGUGAAUAAGGCUGCUAAGAAGCUUGUGGGCCUUCUAGAUCGCGUCGGAUAUAUAAAAGAAACUGCAAAAGGCAUUGUCGGACGCGCCAAGCCACCGUACCGUCAGAUCAGGUUCACCAUCUUGAAGAUCAAGACAUAUCAGGGAUUGCACGACCUCUUAACAACGUUUAUCUGCGAGAAGUGCGGCAAGCCGGGCUCGUUCCGUAUUAAAAAAGUCAAGGUUCUCUGUGAUAUCUGCUGUCUCCCGAUUAAUCUAGGAGACCACAGAGUCGAGUGAGACAAGAGUAUUUUCUUCACCAUACGUUUUUCUAUGGCUGGCACAACUAAGACGAUAACGGUAUACUAAGCUAUGCGAGUAUUCAUUAACAAGUCUUGAUUUGAGAAGGGUCAGGUUGCGUAAAGGUUCCAAGGUUCGUAGCUAUGAGAUAUGAGAUAUGAGAUACAAUAGGUACCUGCUUGUUUAUUAAGUAGUAAUACUCUUUAAUGAAAUAUAGGUACCUAUUUCUCAGA